AUGUUGUCCACACGGGGCUUUUAUUUUGAAAAUCCUCUUUUGGUUUGGAAAUCUCCUGUGAAGUUUUCCGACUUCAUUUUAUUCUGCGUUUUUACUGUACUUGUUUCAAAAACACUGGAAACACAUUCGAAAUAUGUAGUAGGUAUGACCGAAAGCAGACACACAAAGAAAACAGACUUCUGUAACGUUAAACGAGAUCAGUUCGAGAGUUUCAGUUUCACGUUUUCGCUCCAGCAGUGAUGUGGACGGAGCUGGAUUGAUCUCCAGACAUCAUAAACGUGUCUGUGUCCUGUAUCAUUUUGAAAUCUUCUCUCUAAAUCUAUCAACUUCCUGUGCUAAGAUCAUGGAUGUGGAAGUGGUAAGUUUCCGUUUGCCUGGACAUGGAGACACCACCCUAAAUAACAUGAACUCCCUGCGGUCACAGCAGCACUUCUGUGAUGUCACCAUUAUGGCGGGGGGCAGACGCAUGUUUAGGGGUCAUAAGGUUGUGUUGGCGGCUUGCUCUGCAUUUCUCAGGGACCAGUUUCUCCUGAACCCCUCCUCAGAGCUACAGCAGGUUUCAAUGUUGCACAGCUCAACAGUGGUAUUUGAACUCCUCCAGUCCUGUUAUACAGGGAUACUGCAGUUCAGCGCCAAAGAGAUUGUGAACUACUUGACCGCUGCCAGCUACCUGCAGAUGGAGCAUGUGGUGGAGAAAUGUAGAGGAGCCCUGAGCCAGUACAUGCAGCCCCGGAGUCGCAGUCCCAUUACUGUAAAGUCAGAAGACCCUCAGUCUAUGCCGGUGAUUGUCAGUGGAAGUUCCCAUUCAUUGGGAUCUAUUUCAUCCCCUUCUGAUACUGCUUCACUGCAUCCUCACAGUUCAGGAAAGGAGCUCCAGGGUUGCGAUGCUGAACUUUCCAACUUCCAUCACAAAGAUGACAGUGAUUUGGUCUUACAUCAUGUUAGAGAAUCAAAUGCAUCUGGCCACUUAGAGGGGGAGGACCUGCAGGACAGCGACAUCUUUCAGGUGCACAUCGACGAUGACCAUCAAGACCAAGAGAAGAUUCCUGGUGGUGAGGAGGAAGACAGACAAGCUGUUGUCGUGUUAGAUGACCACUGUCAGCUAGACAUGGGGGUAGAGGAUUCCAUUCUGGAAGGGCGAGCCAAAGGUGGUGGCUUCCGAGGGGCAGGCCGUAUAUGGAGACGGCGGCACGGAGAGCACAGGGGAGGUAGAGGAAGAGGCUUCAAACACAGGAAGCGUUACACAUUCAAGGACCGCAAGCUCUUGGGUAACUAUCAGGAGGCUUGGCGCUUUCCAACCCCGGAUGAGAUCAUGGGUAGCUUCGGUGCUGACUUUGGGGCUGAUUACUUGUCCAAUCAGCACCUUGCAGAUGGUUCUGUCCGUGUUGAGUAUAGACCUGGAGAAGAACAAGGGGGAGAGAUUGGCCCUGAUGGAGGUCCGGCACACUUUGGUGUGGAAGCUUCUGCUGGGGCUGAGGGAAUGGGAGUAGGAGCACCUUCGAAUGAGCGGGGAGCAGCAGAUGAGUCUGUGGCAGUGGUGGGAUCCACGUCCUGUGUAACAGGACCAGUAGUGUGUGAGCAGUGUGGACUAGCGUUUUCCACUACACAGGACUUAGCGAUGCAUUCCCUGUCGACGCAUCGGCUGUACGUGUGUCCAUGUUGUGGGAAGCAUUUCAGUCACUCCAGUAACCUCAACCGCCACAUGAUCGUCCACCGCGGGGUGUCCAAGCUCCACUGCUGCCCCCUGUGCCACAAGACCUUCACCCAGAAGUCAACACUGUGCGACCACAUGAACCUGCACAGCGGGGAGCGCCCGCACGUUUGUGCAUACUGCCAUGUUAGCUUUGCCCACAAGCCUGCUCUACGGCGCCACCUGAAGGAGCAACACGGAAGGACCACAGCCCAAAACUACCUGGAAAUGCAGCGAAACAAUGAGAGUGGAGUUGGGGGAGGAGUUUAGAUCGUCAGAGUGGGUUGCUACAAUAAAAUCGGAAUUUACCUUUAUUUACUUUCUUAAUACACAUGUGUAGACUUAAGGCCAGUUUAAACUUCUGUGUUGAGUCUAUGUGGUACGUCUGGCGUAACCUUUGCACAGUCGUGUACCCUAACACAGACCCUGGCACACACCUCUCAAAAAAUGUAUCUACAUGUUAUGACAAUGCAGUGUACAAUAUUUGUGAUUGGCUCACUUGGUUGUGGGUAGGGCUGAGAGCCAUGGAAGCGAAGCAAGGCUGAUAGCAGAGGUUGUUGAACAAGUGUUAACUGCGUUCACACCAAAAGCAGCGAGAGCAUAAAAGUCACCGGAAAUGAUUCAUUUUCAAUGGGAUUCAGCGGCGAGGUGCAUCUUAGCCGGUGUGGGCGUCGAGAAGAGUUGAAAUCAAGUCAACUUUAUGGUAAUGAGCUAUGAUGUGGUUCGGUGGCAAGCAAUUGGAAGUCCACCACUUGAGAUAAUUCCAGAGAACACUGUCCUGUGAACUUUGGUUCCAACCACAGUUGUUCCCAGGGGUUUGAUUAUUGUGGUUGCCUAAUUGCAAUUAUUUAUGAUGUUUUCUGAUUACAGGGACAUGCAUAAAAAAGGCGAGUACUGGCGAGUUGAUGUGCAUCAUUGUUAUGUUUUUUUUUUCUUAAAAAAGCGGGAAUCUCACACUAACUAUAAUGACAGUACAAAACAGUAUUGCUGCUUCAUAAUAUUUCAGACAUAUGGACACAUAUUGGAUAAGUGGAGCAAAGCCACACCACACGUAACAACUUGAUCUUCCAUAGUUAAAUAAAUUUGAUAAAAAGCGUGCAACAUUUUCACACUAGAAAGCAUGUUUUAUGCCGGAAUGUAAGUGAUUUGCUGAUAUGCUGCAACGCCCCUUUAAAUAUGAGAUCAAUGUAGCGAAUUUUGACGCUCGCACCAACAGAGCUGUGAAGGCAGACAGCAUUGUCGUCAGGGCGGCGAGAGCAAACUUUGACUCUCGGUGUGAACGCACAGUUAGUCUCGCAGAUGGAAACUUUUUUUUUUUUGUGUAUAUUUUGUAAUUAAAGUUGUAGAGGUUCCACCGUUUCCCAUCUCUUUCUUCUUUGAAUGAGUUUGUUUAAGCUAUAGCUAUAGUAGAACAUCUAUCAGCUACAUAUGUGCCACAAGGUUUGUGCCUUGGGGUACGUUGGUAACUCGACGCAGAAGUAUAAAUCAGGCUUUAUUAUGCAUCAGUGCACAUUAGGUAAAAAUGUCUUUGUAAUCAACAUGUAAUGAUUUGUUUGUUUCAAAGUGAUUCAGAAUUAUCAAUGUGCAGGCUGAACACUGCCAAAGCUUUUGAACUCUAAAGCCUGGAAAUACUGAAUGAUCUUAUACUAAUUUGAUAUGGGGUAUAUGCACAGCUAUUGUCUUUCAGCCAAUGAUGAACUUCCGGUGAAAGCUUAAUGUGACCAUUUUCAAUUUCAUAAGGUUCCUUUUACAGUGUCGAUGUUGUAAUGUAAUUACAAUACAUUUUAAUUUAAAUAGACUUAAGCAGUCCUUUAGUUUUUCAAGCAUUAAAAGAGAUGAAAGAUCAUGUAACCGCAAGCUCAGAAACUCUAUUGACAAUACUGGGGUAAAAUAAACUGACAUACUUUAAAGCCAUGGCGGGAGGAAAUGGAAUUUAAUGGAGUACUUUUUGUCCGGUUCGAGACCUACUUCAUAUCGUAUGUCUAUCAGGCAGUGAAGAUCAGUGAAGAAAUCAGAACUUAAACGUUCCAAUUUAUAAUGGAAAGACAAUUUACUGGAAGCGCUGAGGCUGGCUGGCUGAAAUUAAAAGUUUGUGUGCAUAUACCCCAUUAAAUUACAAUGAAAAUGAUGUUCUCAUCUUGUCAUUUCAACUGUAAGACCUUCUUUUCUGAAGAAAUCAAAUCUGUUCUUGCCCAAAAAAUGUAAUCAGUAAGGUCAAAUGAUGUUUGAACCUCAACUUUCUUCAAAAUAUCUCCAUCUUUAAAAAUGGUAAGAUUUGAUAGAAUUUCUAUUUUUGCGUGAACUAUCCUUUUAUUCCACAUAAGAGUACAAAUUUUGCUUCUUUACAGUUUAAAAGUCACCUGGUAUAAGUGAGCAGAAUAGAAUAAAUGCUCAGUGAAGGUAUAACAUUUGUAUGGCUUCUGGAAGUGCUAAACAUUUAAUAUAAAAAGUAUCAAAUCUGUUUAUGAGUUAUUGUGUGAUGUGGAGGAACGAAAGAAAACAUGUUUGGCAUUUUGCUGUAGCGUAACUUUAAUCUCUAUGUCACUAAUUCAAUGAAAGCCUUAUUAAAAUGUUGGUCUCGAC